AUGGUGUGGAAACUGUGGAAACCAUCGAAAAUUACGAUUCCGAUGAACAGUGCAAAUCAGACAUUGCAGACAAUACAUGAUAAAAAACGGCUCAAUGUGGAAAUCAAGGACCGGUAUGGUAAUUACAAGGAAGACUGCUUCCCGUUACCGUCUGGGGGUUGUAGAUGCGUUGGAAAAGAUAAAGCUGGUAAUGAAGUGGUAAAGAAAUAUGAUGAUGGGGCGUUAUGCAAAAGUUUACAGAAGAGUAAAAGAACAGUUAACGAACGGCCAUCGCAGAAUAUUCGUGAUCCAGUUCGGGAACGAGCUCAAGCAAAUUAUCGUGCUGUCAUUAAUGAGUUAAAUGAAAAAUUCAAGGGACUCAAAGAAGGAUGCUUUCCAAGACCUAAGGGAUGUUUAUGCGUGAUUGGAAAGGAUCGAAACGGGCGAGAUAUCACGGAACGGCGAGAGAAGGAUCGAGAUUGUAAGUGCCAACCUGGUGAGCGUGGCCAUGGAUGUCCAAUAAGCGGCGCCUAA